AUGCGCGUCUCCGUCCUCGCUCUCACCCUCCUCGCCUCGUUCGCCGUGGCCCAGGACACCGCCGCCCAGACUGACGGCUCGACUGAUGUCGCCACGGACGGUGCCGACGCUACUGGAACCGACGUUUCGGGAGACGCUACUGGUACCGACGUUACUGGAGCUGACACCGUGGCCGCGACUGACGCCGCGACCGACGCGGCCACCGACGCAACCGUUGCGGAGACCACCACGCCUGCCACUGGAGCCGCGACUGGAGCUUCCACCACCAUGACUGGUGCCGUUGCCAGCGCUACCUCCAAGAUCGCUUCGGCUGUCAGCGGCGCCUCGUCGGUCGUCGGAUCGGUCAUCUCGUCGGUCAAGUCGGACUCGACCGCCAAGGGCUCGGCCACGAGCGGAACCGCCGCUGCUUCGGCCACCUCGGCCGCCAAGGGAUCGGGCGCCAUCAACCUCUCAGGCUCGUCUGUCGGUAUUGCUGCUGCCGUCUUCGCCGCCGUCGCCGCCGUCAUGUAA